UUAAUAGGAAUCUUAUUUUAUAAUAAUUAAUUCAAAUUUGACCUUGAUUUAAGAAAAAAUAUGAAGUUAUUCAGAGAUAAUAAUAGUUCAAACACACACAUUAUUAAUAGUUAUAUCUUUUAAUCCGAGAUAUUUAUAGAAAUGUAUUUAAUUGCAGAAGUAUAAAUUACUCAUUACCCAUAUCAGUUGUAAAUAUCAAUGGGGCUUAUCCGAUUGUUCUUGAUUGUAGUUUUAAUUAAUAAUGGCGUGACGUAGUAGACAACUUUAUCGAUCUUGUUGUCGUACUCUCCUGUUCUAUUAAUAACAAUGUUGCGUAUGUGUGACGGGAUAUUUCUGGAUUGUUAAAGACGAAAAGAAUUAAAAUAAAAUAUCGAUCUUAAUACCACGAAAUCAUUGACCCUAUUACAACCUCGACCUUGUUGUACAAUAGACGCUGAUUAUUAUUUAUAUACUCAACAUUAAUUAUUAUCUAAGUAUAUGAUUUCAUUAUCUAUAUGAAUAUUUAUGAAAUUUUAAUUUGGCAUUGUCUCCGUUUUAACCAGAAUACUUUGUGUAGAGUAGUUAAAACGAUGAGUGUUUCCGUCUGGACAAACAGUGAAUGUAAUGAGGGCGGGUAGUUGAGGGUCGAGUCAUGUUGGUGCGAGGCUGUGCGGGGGGUGAGUUGCGACACUCAUUGGCCGAACGCACUAAGGCCCUGGCGGCAAAGUGCCACGCGUUGCGUUCGCCGGCUCGCGAACAACGCAGCGUGGAGAGACGCCGUCCCAGAAACCGCAAGUCGCAGACGCGAUGGUACGUCAAGCCGACCUGGCGGUUGUGGGGCGAGGAGAAGGUGGACGGAGCGGUGUACACGGUCUACCUCAAGAAAGUUCGCUACCAUCGCCCCACGCGAAGUGCCUCCAGUGAAUCAGACGACGAGAUCUCCCACUUGGAGUGGGAAACCGUGCGAGUGCGCUUUGUGAAGGCUGGCACAGUUGAAAGGCUGGUGGAGGCGCUGGCGACUGACGAUGGUGAACUUGAGUCCACAUACGUCAACGUCUUCCUUGCCACUUACCGCUCAUUUGCGGAGUGCGGUAAAGUGCUGGAUCUACUGCUGCGGCGGUAUCAAGCACUGGCGUCGGAAGACGUCCUCCCCGCGACGAUCGAUACAUCGCAGCAACAUAGAAAGACUCUGGUGGCAUGUCUCCACGUUUGGUUGGAUACCUAUCCGGAAGACUUUCGACAACCUCCUCACCAUCCCGCACUGCAGCAGCUUCUCGCCUUCACACAGCUUCAUCUGCCUGGCUCUGAGUUACACUCGAAGGUGUUACAGAAGCUAGCAGUGUUCAGUGCGGAACGUAACGGAUGUGUGGGUGGAGCGGGGGUGUGCCUCGCGCCUGGUAUGCGCGUGCUACAACACCAUACUAGUGCCUACCGCCUGCCACACGUGCCCCAUAGACACUUCGCCGAGCAGCUUACACGUAUGGACAUGGAGCUGUUCAAGAAGCUGGUGCCCCACCAGUGUCUCGGCGCGGUGUGGUCUCGGCGUGACAAAGACCGAUCCCACGACGCCGCCACUGUCCUGGCGACGAUCAAUCAAUUCAACGCAGUGUCCUUCAGAGUUAUAUCAACCGUACUCGUCGAACCUAACCUCAGGCCGAUAGAACGUACGGACAUACUCGCCGCCUGGCUCGACAUAGCUCGGGAACUUCGGGUGCUGAAAAAUUUCUCUUCAUUAAAGGCCAUAAUUUCAGGGUUGCAAAGCAAUCCCGUCUAUAGGUUAAGGAAAACGUGGGCCAUUCUGUCCAAAGAAAAAGCGGAAUUGUUCGAGGAACUGGCAAGAAUAUUCAGCGAGGACAACAAUCGUUGGGCCCAGCGUGAACUUUUAAUGCGUGAAGGUACCGCAAAAUUUGCAGAUACUGUAGGAGAGAAUGACAGACAGUUACAGAAAUUAUUGCACGAGCGAGGGUCGCCUGGCGUCAGCCACGGGACUAUACCAUACUUGGGAACAUUUUUAACAGACCUUACUAUGAUCGAUACCGCAAUACCAGAUACUGUGUUCGAUGGUUUGAUAAAUUUUGAUAAAAAACGAAAAGAAUUUGAAGUUCUCGCCCAAAUCAAAUUGUUGCAGGGUGCCGCAAAUGCCUAUCACUUACCUUGCGAUCCCCUGUUUGAUAGAUGGUUUGAUUCAGUGAUAAUUCUAGACGACAGGGAGGCGUAUCAGUUGUCAUGUCAAAUUGAACCACCGACGAAUCCCCCAAAAGAACGAAGACCAAAGAAUUUAAACAAUAACAGCCAAGGGCACAGGAAAAAUGAUUCAAUCGCUAGCACGAGUUCCAGUAACAGUUCUCAAUUCUACUGUGAGACUGACGGCGCCGGCAACGCGUGGAAACGUGAUAGUUUGGAGCGGCGUAUAUCACCAACAAGGUUGUCGCACGGUUCCUCCUCAUCGUCUUUGCCUUCUCUAGACGUGUCACUGUCAAGCGCUAACAGCGGUCAAAAGACCGCAAACGGGAAGGCCGCGGCGACCAGUCCAGCGCACCCCAACAAGACCGGACCGGACUUCUACAUCAUCCGCGUGACUUAUGAGUCUGAUUGCGUCGAGACAGAAGGCGUGGUCCUUUACAAGUCUAUAAUGUUGAGCAACAAUGAGCGCACGCCGCAAGUCAUUCGUAACGCGAUGUUGAAACUUAACCUCGACGGGGAUCCAGAUUCCUAUACACUGUCACAAGUUUUACCAGAAAAAGAAAUGGUGUUGCCAUCAAAUGCGAACGUCUAUUACGCUGUCAACACGGCGUAUAACUUGAAUUUCAUCUUGAGACCGCGCAAACCACAGACUGAAGCUAUCGUUAAUGGAAAAUCGAAGAACAAACGAACGUGAUCCUUUCCGGAUGUCACUGAACUGUUCUGCUGUACUUUUAACUGACAAGCACUAGCGGAAGUUUAGAUGGGUCAGCAAAAUAGACUUGUAACAGUGUUAAAAUGGCGGCAGUUGUCGCGGAGAACGUCGGACAUGACAUUUUUCAGUGGUCCACCACAAGACUUAUUUGUGCCGUGGUUAAAUAAUGGUGAAUUCUGAGUAAAGUGUCGUUCGGUCAGCGGGACUAUAUAAUAUACGUUAUACAAAAUAUUUCGUCGUCUCUAGAUCUAUUCAACUACUCGUGCCUGAUAAUUCGAAAUGUUCCCACGUCACUGGAUGUUGUAACGUAACAGCUAGGUAAUGUUUUAUUUAAAUGUAAAUAACAUGCUCUCAAUGCCACCUCUAGGUUAAGUGUUGUAAGUAAUGUGAUUUUUUUUUUAUAUUUGUAUAUAUUGAUUUCGUAUUUAUUAUUAAGAAUCUCGUGUUUUAUUAUUAUUAUUAUAAUUUUUUGUACGAAUGAUAUUAAGCCAAAGGCAAUACUAUCUCUAAUAGGUGCUGUUACUAUUGUAUGUAUAUAGGAGCUUAACCAUAACACAUUUUAAACCGAAUUUCGAAUGAUACUUAAUGAUAUAAGGAACAAUACCGCUGAAAUUGAUGCAUGAGAAAAAAUAUACUUAAUGAAAUUGAAUUUAAUAGGUUUCUUUGAUUUUAAUACUAUAACAAACUGCAUUUGGAUUAUAGUGCCUAUAUUAAAGUAUUGUAUACAUUUAAUAAUAUAUAAAUAUUUUUUUUUUUGGGGGCAUUUAUAACUAUGUAACUGUGUAUUAAAUACUCCUUCAAUAAGUGUUCAUGUUACCUGGAGUAGCGGAGAUGCACGUUCGGGACUUUACAAAGAAACCUUUGUUAAUAAAUGUACUUUAUGAUGUAGCUCUCACCAGUGUCCCCGCGUAACUUGUUAUAUUUUGUACAAUAAAAUAUUGAUGAAUAACCUUUAA